ACCACACUGAAUCGGCAACAAUUUCCGCGUUCCUCCGUACCCUUCAUGACCAUAGAAAACAUCACCACCACGACAAAGAAACCAUCAAACCCAGAUGUAUAGCAUCAAAAGACGUCCAAAUAAGCUUAUAUUUAAAGCCCAGCCCUCCCCGAACGCCUACAGCAAGCCAUCCUCCAAACGGAGCGCACAGCGAGCAGGUUCCAGGCCCACUCUCGCCAUUAGGCAGCCAGAUAUUUCCCUUCUAACUAUCCUGACUACUGGGUACAUCACAACGGGAAAGGGUAAAGGAGCAAGCGCCAAGAUAAUUCUCGAACCUCAGAUCAGCUGUUCGUCCGAGCUGCUGGGUGGCGACUGCUUUGGGGAUGGAAUUCCCAUCUAUUAUUCGUUCGGUGGGUUGUGGACGGGAGGGUCGGUGGUAGUGGUGGUGGGAUUGCCCUCGUGGGUACCGGUGUAGUACUUCUUCUUAUGGGAUGAUCUCGGUGUGCUGAGAUGUACCUCCCUGUAGAAGGGCAGUGUGUUGUUAGUAGUAGGUUUCUGCU